AUGCUCUCUCUUCCGGCUUGGCAGUGCCCAGAGUGGACUCUCAAUGCCAGCCAGGUGAACACCAGCUCUCCUGAGUUCACUGAGGAGUGGCAGAAGAGGAUCCGAGAGUUGCAGGGUGCCAUUAUGGUGGCUUCCUGUGUCCAGAUGCUGGUGGGCUUCUCCGGCCUCAUCGGCUUUCUCAUGCGCUUCAUCGGCCCCUUGACCAUCGCUCCAACCAUUUCUUUGGUGGCCCUGCCUCUCUUUGAUUCUGCAGGCAGCGACGCUGGGAUCCACUGGGGGAUCUCCUCCCUGACCAUCUUUCUCAUCGUGCUGUUUUCUCAGUACCUGAAAAACGUCGCAGUGCCGGUACCCGUCUUUGGAGGAGGGAAGUGUCACACCUCCAAGUUCCACCUGUUCCAGGUCUUCCCUGUGCUGCUGGCCCUCUGCAUCUCUUGGCUCUUCUGCUUCGUGCUCACCGUCACCAAUACCCUCCCCUCGGCCCCCACGGCAUACGGGUUCCUGGCCCGCACGGACACCAAAGGCAGCGUCCUGAGCCAGGCCCCUUGGUUUCGCUUCCCUUACCCAGGGCAGUGGGGACUUCCCACCGUCAGCCUGGCUGGGGUCUUUGGCAUCAUCGCAGGGGUGAUCGCCUCCAUGGUGGAGUCGGUGGGCGAUUAUUACGCCUGCGCCCGUCUGGUGGGGGCCCCACCUCCCCCGAAGCAUGCCCUCAACCGUGGCAUCGGCAUCGAGGGCCUUGGCUGCCUGCUGGCAGGGGCCUGGGGGACAGGCAACGGCACCACCUCCUACAGCGAGAACGUUGGGGCACUGGGCAUCACCAGGUUCUGCACCUCUUCCUGCAUGCGGGCCCUCCCGUUCUGGCCCCGGCUGGAACGCCACGGGAAAGGUGACGUGGGCACGAGCCAGCUCACCCUCUGCUCCCAGUCUGCCUCUGGAGAGUGCCCGUGGAAUGCCAUAGAAACCAGGAUGUGAGGAGAGAAUGGCCCCUCAUCCCCACCCCUUUCGUGGCUGUGCCCUGGCCACCCUCUUUUCCUAGAAGGAAGGAUCUCUGCUCACAACUAGUUGGCGAUCUGGCUUUCUCAGCACCUACCAAACCUGGGCACCUUGGCAUGCAAGUAGCAUCCCAUGAAGAUCAUGAUGUGUGUGUGUGUGUGCGGGCUCCACCUUAGCCACCACCGCCGGCCUCAGCGCCCCCUCUGCCGUCUCCACCUCCAGUCUUGACCAGAGGGGAAGGAGUGCACAUAGGAGUUGGCUUUUCUGCCACGCUUGGCAGUAUUCUGAUGGACUGGAGAGAAGAGACCUGGGGUAGCACGGGGACAGGUUGUUUGCUGAAGAGUGACACUCCUAGGCAGGACUUCUUGGGAAACUGAAGUAGGCGGAUCGCAAGUUCUAAGCUUGCCUGAGCUAGAGUGAGUUUAAGGCCAGACUGGACAACUUAAUGAGACCCUUUCUCAAAAUUAAAAGUAAAACAAACAAACAAAAAAAAAGCCAACAAAACAAAACAAACAACAGUGCUCAGGGUGUAGCUCGGUGGUGGAUGCAGACCCAAACAAUCACAAAGAAAAAGGUGUCGCUAACAUUCUUGCAUUUCCAAAGAGGCAGGGGCCCUAUGGCUUCUCCAUCUUCUCCGUAUCUCUUUGCAGUUACUCUUUCAGUACUAGUUUGGGGGCGCAACUAGAAGCAGCCCCUUAGCUCUCCAACCUCCUCCAGUUCCUGCUCAGCUUGGGGACCUGUGGCCUGGUCUCAUCUACUUAGAGUUAAGGCUGGACACAUGGCCAGGACAUCUGUGUGGCUCUCUGCCAUACCUCGUCCACCUGCAAGUUUGCCAUAGCUUCCUACUGCCCUUGAGUCUCCCCUUCCCUCCAGAAGCGACUAGGGCCUUGAACCCCACAGCCAUGGAGCAGUCGGUGGGCCGCAGAUCCCUUCCAGGUAGCUUAGGGGAUACCAGGUCAAGAAGAUCCAGGCCAGGUGCAGCAGAUAGGAAUCAGGCUGUGUCUGCCCUGGUGGGUUACAGCCUGCUGGGAAGAAACACUCCAUCCUGUUGUCCGGGGUGUCUUUAGAAACUCACGUUUCCCUGGAGGGAGGGGUUCUCAGGCUUAUGCCUUCAAAUGUUGAUAGGCACCAGGUUCUGCCAGAAGAAAGAUCCGUGGCCUCUCCCAACACUUCCUUCCCCACCAAGAACUCUCUCUUUGCUUGGCCAAAGUCCUUCCUCCAGGAGAAAGAAGAGGUUGACUAUAGGGCUGGGGAAGGGAACAUCUGGUGUUCCAGAGACCACUUCCUUUCUCGUACAGCCUCCUGUGCCCUCCAUCUCGGCUUGGCAUUGGAUGGGAGGAGUAGACCCUGUAAUGUACUUUCCAAGGCUUAAGUGAUGCCCAGUCUCUGAUCAAAGCGAGCAGCAAGGGGGUUGUGCUGGGAAUGAGUAAAUGAGCUGGGCAUAGCUGGGCAUUAGGCUGGGCGGUGAUGGAGGGCGCCGAGGGCAUCUGAAGGUCACACGGAUCCAGACGCUGCACAGCGUGCUGUAGGUGACGAUAGUGCAGACACAGUGUGUGGGGCCUGUGGGAAGGGACACUGUGAGGGUCCCAGGUCCUUUCCCUCUUGUCCCCCUCCCCACCUCAAAGGCCUCCAUUAAACUGCAACCUCACUCCAUCAGAGAGACCCCGGGAGAAGACAGGAUCACCGGUUUUCAGGGAGAAGCGUCUCC